CACGCCAUCGUCGUUAGAAGCCAAACUACUCUAUUAAACCAGACGACGUAUUAUGCUUUCCACCCCAUUCUUCUCACCCUACCCCUUCCUCAUGGCUUCUCGUCCAUCUAAUCCUUCCCCUUCUCUCCUAUUCCUCUUCCUCUUCAUGAUCAGCAGCGGAAUUGCAGCUCAGAAGACGACCCACCUCCACUUCUACUUCCACGAGACCGUACGUGGCCCCGACGCGACAUCCAUCGUCGUGGCGAGCCUCCACAAGAACUCCUCCACCUUCGGCGACAUACACGUGUUCGACAACGCCCUGCGAGAGAGCGCCGACCCGAGCUCGAAGCUCAUCGGGCGAGCGCAGGGCCUCGCCACCAGCUCAUCCCUCACGGACCUGUCGGCGCUGACGGCCAUCAACUUGGUGUUCACGGCGGGGGAACUCAACGGGAGCACGCUGUCGCUGUUCGGGAGGGUGGAGGGCGUCACAGGCCCGGAUGACCGGAGCAUCGUCGGCGGCAGCGGGCUGUUCCGCCUUGCACGGGGCUUCGCGCUCAGCAGAACCGUCAAUAUUUCGUCCACGGGAUACAUCGUCGAGUUCGACGUUUAUGUCAAACAUUAUUACUAGGUCGAGUUCUACUUGUAAGCUGUGGUGUGGAUGCGUCUUGGACGAAUAAUAUGGCUGUUCUAAGCCAUCAAAUUGGAGAAGAUGCUGCCUCAAAGUCUGCAUCUGACUAGUAUUUGUCGUCUCUGUGAAUUCCACGCCAUGGCGGAGAAGUCUGCGUCUUCGAUUGACUAGAAUCAUCCAUGGAUAAUAUUUGCUGUAUCACUUCUGAUCUUGUUCAGAGUUUCUACUUC